CGUACUAGGACGGAUUAGUGUUCAUCCCUUCACUACGUCUCGAGUCAGAAUAUAUGUCUUCUACAGCACCUCCACUUCCGUUGCUCCAUGAUACACUUUUGCAAGUUGGCCCGUUCUCUCCUUUUGCCCGUAUCCAAUUCUUGUCAGCUUGCUGGGAAUCAUCAUGAAAACAUUUCUGAGCCCUAAUUUCAUGCCAAUGGUGGUCACCCAAGAUGAUUUAAUCAUUGCUGCUAUCGCCCUUGGGCAUGCAAUCAAACAGACUGUAGCAAUAUAUCGACGAUAUGGAGCAGCCAAACUCAACUCUCCUUAUGUGUGGAUGAUUUGGGGAGAGAUAUUUGCCUGCCUGGUGUUUGCAAUCAUCUGCUGGCUCCACUUGACAGGUGUAAUUCCACCGAGUCUUGUGUUCUUCUUCUCCAUCUUAACUGCUUGGAGUUUGCAAGUGCAGUUCCUCCUUCAGAUUAUCAUCAACAGAAUUUCGUUGCUCUUGACCAAUCGCCGGAAAGCCCUGAAAUUAAAAAUUGGAGUGGCCGUACUCAUCACGGCGAUUAACAUUUCUGUUUACAAUAUAUGGAUCCCCUCGAGAUUACAGAUUUCACCCAGGUAUGAGUACAUCAACAGCAUCUGGGAUCGAUGCGAAAAGAUCAUCUUUCUUAUUGUCGAUGGCUGCUUGAACUGGCUGUUCAUCAAAACAGUGCGAGAGAAGUUAGUGAGCCAAGGCUUAGUUAAGUACAAUCGCCUUGUUCGGUUCAAUCAAUGGAUAAUUGGUCUGUCACUAGCUAUGGACUGCCUGAUUAUCGGCAUGAUGUCUCUUAGUAAUUCAUUUGUAUAUAUGCAGAUCCAUCCUCUAGCAUACAUCGUCAAACUCAACAUCGAAAUGUCAAUGGCGGAACUUCCCGCCAAGAUUUCCGCAAACAACAACACUACAUUACACUUCCUCGCAUCUUCCUCCACUCCUCUCAAACCACACCCCAAUCUCGUGGCCAACCAACUAUCCAAGACCUUCGGCGUCAGCCAAGACGUUGCGUGGCGGACGGAAACCAGUUACAAAGGUUCAGCGGGAAGAGAAAGAGAUGGAGAUAUAAUGCUUAAUGCGAAACAGGAAGUUUCAAUCCAAGUAGAGCGAAGGAAGAGUCUGGCACCGAGUUGGAGAGAAGACGGAGGGUCGAUAUUAGAUGGAAAGAGAGGAGUGGAGGAUGAUAUGAUGCCAUUGAGAGAUGAGGAUAGACGGAGAGAAGCGAGGGAGAGGGAUAAGAUGGGGGGAGUGGAGAGGGGGAUGGGUGUUGUUACUCAGAUCUGGGGAUCUGGUGCAGAGCAGAGGCAGGCGGUGUCGGAAGGGACUAGUCGGAGGAAUAUUAGGGCAUGAGUUUAGCACAGGACUUUACGCUUCCCCGGCGUAUUCUAUCGAGGUAAAUUCGGAUUAAAAGUUGCAUACUGUCGGAAUUGGAGAUAAGAUAAUAUUGCACUAGAGCUUUAGGG